CAACCAACCCAUUCGACUACCCCCACGUCAAUUUCACACUCGAAACUCACAUCACCAUGGCUGAAGGUUCAAGACCCAAGUUCGACAACCUCCCGGGCAUUGACACGGCUCCCGAUGUCUACGAGACGCCCGACCUUGCCGAGGACGUCUCGACAAUCCAAGCUUCGACAGCUGUGUCCGAGUCAGACGGUGACGACUCAGACCACGAGCGCGAUGGAGUUCACCACCAAAGAUUCCAGACCGCCCAAGCCCGCAGUCGCUUCCAGCCUUCGCGAAUAGAUGCCCAUGGCGUAGACUUCUCGGACAAUGUCGCACAGCGCCAGUCAUACCGCACGUCCACAAGAGGCCAGCGACGGCGAGGCGAAAUAAUAGGAGACGACAGCGACGAGGAAAAAGAAAGCUUUUCGAGAAAGCUCUUGAGGGUGAAGAGAGAAUUGCUAGAGCUGGAAAAUGAGUAUGAGAGCAGGAUGCAGUCGGGGGAUAAGACGAAGAUUGAGGAGCGGGAUGCGAAGGAGGCAAUGGAGUUUAUAUCAGACAAAGUUGACAUCAUAUAUGCUAUGCGACGCGGCGGCGUACGGGGCGUAGAACCACAACUUGACCGCACAAUACAGAAGUUCAACAACUACGAGCCAUUUGGGCCGAGCCCUAGGCUUACCAAGGCUAUCGCAAACCAACCGCCGUUGCCAGGAUCACAGGUCCAGAGGAAUCAGUUGGAGUGGGUGUUGAAUCAGGCAGCAGAGUUUGAUAAGAGGAUAACACAACUGGAGAACAAUCUGGGGCUGAACGGGAAUACUAUGCCGGAGAUGAGUGACAAGGCGACAUUUCCUGUUUUCACAACGUUACAAAAACUGGAAUUGCAACUAGGGCUUAUUGGAGAUGCUUCAACAAACAACAUGGACGUGGCUACACAACAGAUCAAGAAACUCAUUGCAGAGGCUGAACAGCUCAAAGAAAUACGGCAAGACGCUUCACGCAGCGACUCGAGCUAUUCUGACGAUAAGUCGGUUGCGAACCCAGAACAAGAGGCCAAGAUCAAUGCUCUCUACGGCACACUGCCCUCAAUCGACAAGCUCGCGCCUAUCCUACCAAUCGUUCUGGAGCGCCUCCGCACACUGCGUCUCGUACAUACAAGUGCCUGGCAAGCAGACGAGGUCUUGUCUGAAUUGGAGCGCCGGCAGUCACAGCAAGAAGAUGAGAUCAAGAAGUGGGAGCGACAACUGGAGAUUGUAGAUGGAGAGAUGAAGGCUUGCGAGAAGACCAUGCACAAGAAUAUGAAAGUUGUGGGCGAUGAUGUCAAAAUGUUGGAAGAUAAGCUAGAGAAGUUGCUUGCGGAAGGUCGGGAGGAUUGAGGCCGGGAAGGCAAUUAGUAGCCUCUUCAUAGAGAUGAGGUGAUGUGUGCAUAACUACGAUCAUACAAGGUCGAGGACUCAGGCGAGAUGUUGGACAUGCAGCCUUUGCUUGCUCAAACAAGUAGGCAAACUAUGCAGAUCUGGGGGACUGGUGCAGUUGAAGCUGAACACGAUGCCAUGAUCCGCUGCACAUAUACCCUUCCAGUACUAGACUAUGAUAAAGCAUUUCAAAUGAUAGCAAGUGACCAGUC